AUGUCUACAGUAGGAGAGUCCUCCAGGCCCAAGCGUGGAGACCAUCCAGAAUCAGUACAAUCAGCAGCCUCAAAUGUGUCCAGCACAAUAGCUAAAUCGUCCACACAUGGAUCUUCUAGGAGUUCAUCAACUUCACACAGACAACAUAAGCCUCAAGAUCCCAAGACCCAAACUACCAACACACUUGUGGAUGACUAUAACAAGAAAAGACAACCCAGCGGUACAAGCACGUAUGCACAAUCCAGCAGUGGAUCUGUAGCUUCAAGUAAGCCAAGCCGACUAACGAGACUUCUCAGUGGAUUUUCCAGCAGCGCUCAGGGUUCGAGUAGCCAGCAUAGAGCCCCCAGAUCAGCACGUUCCAGCUCUAAAGCUCCUACCUCUGUACAUGCGUCCGAAUGCGGACCCGUGGCUUCCAGUAGUACACAUCUACAAAGAAAUCAGGGGCUUCAGAAUACCCGACUACCCAACACUCCCGUAUAG